AGAAGGGAGAGUAGAAUGUUCAAAGAUAUCCAACGCAUCAAGGCGUGGGAGUCCACCGUCCGGAGGACGCACCAGAAGCAUCAGCCGUCGGCGCGGCGGCGCAGCCUCGUCCUCCCCCCCGUGUCGGCCUCCCCCACCGCCGCCGACGUCGACGACGCCGAUGAUCUCGAUGACCCCACCCUCCACCACGCCGAGCGCCUCCUCCCCAACGGGGACUUCUACACCGGCCAGUGGCACAACAACCUCCCCCACGGCACCGGCAAGUACCUAUGGACGGACGGCUGCAUGUACGAAGGCGAAUGGCGCCACGGCAAGACCAUGGGGAAAGGCAAGUUCAGCUGGCCCUCCGGCGCCACCUACGAAGGCGAGUUCAAGUCCGGCUUCAUGGAUGGCUUCGGCACCUACACCGGCUCCCUUGGGGACACCUACCGCGGCUCCUGGUCCAUGAAUCUGAAGCACGGCCAGGGCAAGAAGUCCUACGCCAACGGCGACUACUACGACGGCGAGUGGCGCUCCGGCCUCCAGGACGGCCACGGUCGCUAUACUUGGAAGAAUGGCAACGAGUACGUCGGCGAGUGGCGCGCCGGCGUCAUCCACGGCCGCGGCACCCUCGUCUGGGUCAACGGCAACCGCUACGACGGCGGGUGGGAGGACGGCUUCCCGAAAGGCAACGGAAGCUUCCGCUGGGCCGACGGCAGCCUCUACGUUGGGUACUGGAGUGAGGAGAACGACGGCAUCCAGCAGAAGGGCGUUUACUACCCGUCGCCCGCCGCCACUUCGCCGACGGCUCGGGAUCCUCAUGCUGCGUUUGCGGCCGACCUCGGCGAUUGCAAGGUUUGCCCGGGCGAGACGGUGUCGAUUCUCCCGUCGCAGAAGACGCCGAACUGGUUGGGAAUGGAGGAGAAUUUCCUACAGAAGCAGGCCGUAUGGAGGCAGUCCAAGUCGAACGACGGCCGGCCGAGAAGGCGGGCGUCGGCCGACACGGCCGGGACCGGUGAGACGCCCAAGAGGACUAAUGGGCACUAG